CUAUCGCUAUCGCCCGAAAAAGUUUCCAAUUGGGGCCGGUCCCCGGCAGCAGCUCACGUGAGAUACCGGCCAGCAACUGAACCAAAAGGUACCUGGAAUUUGGACCAGUGAGGAGCGAGUGUUUGCCAUACGGGAGCUAGCACAAGAUGGAACUAGUCUGUGCUUAUCCGGCAGGCAAAUGUGGGGAAGAUGCGGGUGCCCAGACCCCAAGCGGCGGGCGGUGACAAGCUGCACAAAAAAAAAAAUCCAAUUGAAGCAGCUCGAUGUGGGGUUUGCGCCUGCGCGACAGCAGUUUCAGUGUUGACUUGGAGACCGCGCUGAUUGACCAAAAAACACCCAUAGCCAAAACUUUGCGACAAGAACAAUAGCGUCCAGAGAGACUCUCACAACAAUAGUACUCGUCGCUCCAACUCUAGCUUCCUAUUGUUCGCUCGCUUCAAUAGCCUUCGAGUCACUUGUCCCACUUCCUCAAUUCCCACGGUACUCUCAAUCCAUCACCUUCACAUCACAUCGCAACCAUGAGCGACGCUGCUGUCAACCAGCCCGAGGUGGCCGCUGCCGCCACCGAAACCCCCGCCGUUGAGCAGACCACCGCUGCCCCUGUGGCCGAGGUCGAGAUGGCUGAUGCUGCCCCAACUGAGGCUGCCGCUGAGAAGUCGGAGGAGAAGGCCGAGGAGAAGACCGAGGAGCAGACUGGUGCCACCAAGCCGCUUCCAAUGCUCAAGACCACGGCCAAGAUCGACACCAACUACAAGAACAACAGAAAGUACGAUCCUUCUACUCAGGAAGUCACCGACGACCCCGUCCAGAUUCGCGCUCAGGUUGAGUUUUGGUUCAAUGACAGCAACCUUCCCGGCGACAAGCACAUGUGGGAACAGACCGGUGGUCCCGAGAACAAGCCCGUUUCCCUCAAGCACAUUUGCAACUUCAAGCGCAUGCAGCGCUUCCAGCCCUACAGUGCCGUCGUGGCUGCUCUUCGCGACAGCACCCUUCUCGAGGUCUCCGGCGAAGAAGGCGAGGAAGUCAUCAAACGCAAGGUUCCCUAUGUUCUCUCCACGCUCUCGCCACAGGAACGCCAAGCCAGAAGCGUCUACGUCAAGGGCUUUGGCGACGAGCACGGUUCCAGCCAGUUUGAGAUCGAGCAAUUCUUUUCCCAGUUCGGCAAGGUUCAGCACCUUAAGCUCCGCCGCACCAACGAGAACCUCUUCAAGGGGUCCGUGUUCGUUGAAUUUGAUUCGGAGGAGACUGCCGACGCCUUUGUCAACAAGGAGCCUGCCGCAACGUGGAACGGCCAUGAGUUAUUGAUCAUGAAGAAGGGCGAGUAUUGUGAAAUGAAGGCGAAAGAGAUCAAGGAGGGCAAGAUCCAAGCAUCAAACUCCCGCAAGUCCACCUUCUGGGAGGGUAAGGAAAAGACCUCGACCCGUGGCGGUCGCGGUGGCGCUCGUGGUGGCCGCGGUGGCCGUGACAACCGCAAUGGCGAUAACAAUGAGGAUAAAAAGAAUGGUUUCAAGGGUGGUCGUGGUGGGCGUGGCGGGCGUGGCAGGGGAGGUCGCGGUGGCCGUGGUGGCAACAGGGAUAAUAAUAAGGGACGGGAUGGGAAGAGGGAAGAGAAAAAACCUGCCGUUAACGACGGCGAGAUGCCUACCAUUCAGGCCACGAACGAAAAGGGCGAGGUCGUCGCCAAGCCUGCCGAGGCUAACGGCAAGCGCGCCCGCGAGAACGACGAGGCGGCUGCUCCCCCGGCCAAGAAGGUCGACACCAAGACCGAGACUGCCGCCGCGCAAUAAAGGAGAGAGGGAGAUUUACGACUCGAUGUGGAGAUUUUUUGCAGCAUCAAGGAUAAAAAAAGGUACAUUUCAUUCAGGCCAUCGACACCACAUUUGCAUCUUCCCUUUUGACGGACAGAUUGGGGACUGUCAAAGAUAUCCGGAUGCUUUGCGUUGUAAAAUUAGAGAUUACUCUGGGCUGGCGUUUUAGGGCGGGUCACGUUGGGGGCUCUCUGGUUCUUUUUUCCAUACCGGACAGGUUGAUUUUAGGGGAAUAUUAUCAGCGUUUUGCUAUCAAGUGGUUUGAUGAGAUGAAUGGUGAUUUGUGUGACUCUUUCAAACCAUGUGCGUUUUGUAAGUGACAUGAUUGAUAUACUAUAACACGCAUUUUUUGGGGGGACUUGAGAAACAGACAUUUUGUUGCCGGGUUUCCAAAUUUGUGUGUUGAAAUAUUGAUCGUUUGAGACGAAGAUGGAAUUAGCCUAUCGUGUCUUUUGAUGAACGUUGUCGUAAAACUCACAUUCUCGCCGUGCCCUUGUAAUCGCCAUGAUGCUGGAAUCCUAUCAUCAUCAGUGGCCAUGUUGAUCUAGCGUGGAAUAUAUCUCCUCGUUGUGGUGGCCGUCCUCGAUUUUUCACUUUCCUCCCCCCGUCAAGACGCCUCGCUGCCUAGGUACUUUUCCCACUUAUCCUCGGCAAACAACUCCUUCAUUAUCCUGCCCUUUUUCUUCUUUUCUUGCUCGUAUUGCUUUCUGGCUUUUUUGGCGUCUAGUAAUUUCUCUUUAGGCCGUGGUAUAUUUUUUGUUCCCUUUGGAAGUUCAACCCCUAACCCAAGCCUGUCGUCUUUUGGCUUUGGCUUGAGGGGGUGAUGGGGAGGUUGCAACUUGGGCAGAGGGGGGGUGUUGGGGAGGGUUUUGUUGAUGGGGGAUCUGAGUGGUUGUUAUCUGGGGAGUUUUCAUGUCCCAUGGGUGGUUUUGGUUCUGGUGGGAGGACGAGACCGAGAUAGAGGUCGGAUAUUGACUUUGACGUAUCCCAUGCUGGCUCGUCGGUGGAGACUGUCUUGAGAGAGGAGGAUGCCGGGACAAAGGUUACCGGGUUGCGGUAGAGGCCAGAGCCGAAGGGGCGUUUUUGCUGGAGGGGGAUUUCAUCUUCUGGGUUGUCGAAUGGGUCGAUGGGGAGGGUGGGAGUGGGUUCUGGUGGUG